GAACUUUAUAAUUACAGAAUGGUGGAAUCAGCGGUUAUUUUCAGAACUCUUUAUUCUUUUACUUCAUUUGGUGUCAACCCUGAUGGUUCUCCAAGUUCACUGGACCCUCCUGAGCAUCUGUUCAGAAUUAGAUUAGUAUGUACUAUUUUGGAUACCUGUGGCCAGUACUUUGACAGAGGUUCCAGUAAACGAAAACUUGACUGCUUCCUUGUAUAUUUUCAGCGUUAUGUUUGGUGGAAGAAAAGUUUGGAGGUUUGGACAAAAGACCAUCCAUUUCCUAUUGAUAUAGAUUACAUGAUCAGUGAUACACUAGAACUUCUAAGACCAAAGAUCAAACUCUGUAAUUCUCUGGAAGAAUCCAUCAGGCAGGUACAAGACUUGGAACGAGAAUUCUUAAUAAAACUAGGCCUAGUAAAUGACAAGGAGUCCAAAGAUUCUAUGACAGAAGGGGAAAAUCUUGAAGAGGAUGAUGAAGAAGAAGUAGGAGGAGCUGAAACUGAAGAACAGUCUGGAAAUGAAAGUGAAGUGAAUGAACCAGAAGAAGAA